AUGCUCUGUCUUGAAAUUUUCACAGUAGUCUCGACGUUCAAUGGUGCUCGAAAAAGAAACUUUUUUAAGCACAACUCUCGACGUGCAUUGACUUCAAUACAUUUUGUGCGAAAUCGAUCGUUUGGAAACCGAUCAGUUGUUCUUCUAGAACCGCUUCGAUCACGAGGACUCAAUGUGAAUGACGUCGAGAUCUUCAUUGAGCGCAGUUCGUCGGCGAUUCCCGAGAACGCCGACGUUCGAUUCUUGGCCGGACGGAACGUCAUUGUAAGAGGUAGGCCAAGUAGUCGGCGUUUGGAUUGCCUGCCAUCUCAAAGAAAUCAUGCGAGCUCAAUUAUAUUUUUCAUUUAA